AGGCCUUGCACCGCGUGUAUGGACGAACAUGACCUUGCCCAAAUGGUGAGGACGCAUUGUAGCCACUGGUAUUGUCGAGAAUGUCUAAAAGCCGGUCUAGAAGCAUCACUAGCUUCUCGGUCCAUCUUUAAAUGCUGCCUUGAGCAGAUCGUUGACGUCAGGCUGUUCGCUGACCUCCUUACACCCGAUUUUGUAAACCGUUACAACCUCUUAGUCCUGGAGCGCGCAACGCCAAAUCCAACGUACUGCGCUCAGCCGAACUGUAGUGCCUUUAUACCACCAGAUAAUUACCAUGGUCCAGAUAGUGCUCGCUGUUCCCAAUGUCGCCAAGACACUUGUAGGCAUUGUCGUGCAAGUGGCCACGCCCCUCUUGGAUGCACAUCGGAUCCGAGUACUGAGCAAGUUCGUAAACUUGCCGGGGAUAAGCAUUGGAUGACCUGCCCAGGCUGCCAAACUAUGGUGGAGAAGACAGAAGGAUGUUUACACAUUGUAUGUGAAUGUAAAACCGAAUUUUGUUAUCGGUGUGGUGGGAUCUGGACAAAGUGUAGAAGUGAUUGC